UAGGAAGAGUGUGGGAAGGCUCAACGGAGUCGCCCCUUCUUGCACACUCGCUCUCGCAUCCGACUCUCUCCGCCCUACUCAGCCAAUGGGGCCUGUCAUCUCGCCUGCCCUGCCUCGCCUGCAUACUUGUGCUUUCAGCCUUCCGCCCUCUUGCAUGCUCACUCUCUCGGCUUCUCGUUGCCUCCCUGUCUCGCUCUCGUGCGUCCUUUCGACCUCACUCUCGACCACUAGUGUCGUCUCAAUGGCUCGAUUUCUCAUACACUCACCCUCUCGCCCGCCCGUGCGCUCGCCUAUCUCUGGUUUCACCUGUUCACUCGGUGGCUUGUCGGUUCUCUGGCUCACCCACUGGCUCUCGCCUGAUCACCUGCUCUCACAUGCCCCUGCAUCAUCUCGCCUGCGCAACCUCUCGCUCGCGCGACCUCUCGCCCGUGCAAUCUCUCGUCUACUCACCCUCUCGCCUGUGCGCCCUCUCGCUGGCGCACGCACGCCCUCUCACUGGCACACCCUCUCGCUCGACACCCUCUCGCUCGACACCCUCUCGCUCGACACCCUCUCGCUCGACACCCUCUCGCUCGACAACCCUCUCGCUCGACACCCUCUCGCUCGUACUCUUGCUCGCGCAUCUGCUCGCCCGCUCGCUAGUCCACACCCGCGCAAAAGUCGUACCUGCUCUGGUGGUCCUGUAUGCAUGCAG